AGUCUGGGUCCUUCUGCGAUCCACCGGGGUCCUCGCUGCCUAGAAGCCUCUCUUGAGCUGCCUGUUCGCGCGAGAGUUUGGAGGGGCGGGUUUGGGGUCGGUCACCGGUGUGGGGCUCGCGCUGCCGCGCAUCGGAACCCCGCUUAGGCGCCCGCGUAGAGUGCGGGGAGCUGGGUCAGGCAGUCGCUGGGGCACCCUGCUUGGAAAGUGCCGGAGCGCUCUGGAGAAGCCUGGACAGCCCCGCUCCCCAGCAGCCAGGUGCUAGGGUCGGGAGCUAAAGUGAGAGUCCGGCCGUCUUCGAGCGCCUGGGCCACGGCGGCGGCCCUGGGAGCAGAGGUGGAGCAACCCCGUAACGCUAAAGAUGAAAGGCUGGGGUUGUCUGGCCCUGCUUCUGGGGGCCCUGCUGGGAACUGCCUGGGCUCGAAGGAGCCAGGAUCUACACUGUGGAGCUUGCAGGGCUCUGGUGGAUGAACUAGAGUGGGAAAUUGCCCAGGUGGAUCCCAAGAAGACCAUUCAGAUGGGCUCUUUCCGAAUUAAUCCGGAUGGCAGCCAGUCAGUGGUGGAGAAUGCAUCUUGUCUUGUUCUUGCUGCUCGGCAUGCCAGCGCUUCCCCUACGAAUUUGAAAGAUAUAUUGGCUGACCUGAUACCUAAGGAGCAGGCCAGAAUAAAGACCUUCAGGCAGCAACAUGGCAAGACGGUAGUGGGCCAGAUCACUGUGGACAUGAUGUACGGUGGCAUGAGAGGCAUGAAGGGAUUAGUAUAUGAAACAUCAGUUCUUGAUCCUGAUGAGGGCAUCCGUUUCCGAGGCUAUAGUAUCCCUGAAUGCCAGAAACUGCUGCCCAAGGCUAAAGGGGGGGAAGAGCCACUGCCGGAGGGCUUAUUUUGGUUGCUGGUAACUGGACAAAUCCCAACAGAGGAACAGGUGUCUUGGCUCUCAGAAGAGUGGGCAAAGAGGGCAGCUCUACCUUCCCAUGUGGUCACCAUGCUGGACAACUUCCCCACCAAUCUACACCCCAUGUCUCAGCUCAGUGCAGCUAUUACAGCCCUCAACAGUGAAAGUAACUUUGCCCGAGCAUACGCAGAGGGUAUCAACCGAACCAAGUACUGGGAGUUGAUUUAUGAAGAUUGUAUGGAUCUGAUCGCAAAGCUACCUUGUGUUGCAGCAAAGAUCUACCGGAAUCUUUACCGGGAGGGCAGCAGUAUUGGGGCCAUUGACUCUAAGCUGGACUGGUCCCACAAUUUCACCAACAUGUUAGGCUAUACCGAUGCUCAGUUCACUGAGCUCAUGCGCUUGUACCUCACCAUCCACAGUGACCAUGAGGGAGGCAAUGUAAGUGCCCAUACUAGCCACCUGGUGGGCAGUGCCCUUUCAGACCCCUACCUGUCCUUUGCAGCAGCCAUGAACGGGCUAGCAGGGCCCUUGCAUGGUUUGGCAAAUCAGGAAGUACUUGUUUGGUUGACACAACUACAGAAAGAAGUUGGCAAAGAUGUGUCAGAUGAGAAGUUACGAGACUACAUAUGGAACACACUCAACUCAGGACGGGUUGUCCCAGGCUAUGGCCAUGCGGUACUAAGGAAGACUGAUCCACGAUAUACCUGUCAGCGAGAGUUUGCUUUGAAACACCUGCCUCAUGACUCCAUGUUUAAGCUGGUUGCUCAGCUGUACAAGAUUGUGCCCAAUGUCCUGUUAGAGCAGGGCAAGGCCAAGAAUCCUUGGCCCAAUGUAGAUGCUCACAGUGGAGUGCUGCUCCAGUACUAUGGCAUGACAGAGAUGAAUUACUACACAGUCCUGUUUGGGGUGUCACGGGCACUGGGUGUACUGGCACAACUCAUCUGGAGCCGAGCCCUAGGCUUCCCACUAGAGAGGCCCAAGUCCAUGAGCACGGAUGGUCUGAUGAAGUUUGUGGACUCUAAGUCAGGGUAAAACUGAAGACUGGGGGAAACUAUCAGAAAGUGAGGGAGCUUUAAAAAAAGUAUAAUUUUGUUUUGUUUCAGGGGGCUUUUUAAGACUUAAGAUUAAAUUGUAUCUGAGGCACUGAUAAUAAGUUUGAGGUUAAAAUAUAAAUUAAGACUUUAAAAGAUAAAAAGUAACCCCUUCUUCCCCAGCCAGUACCUUUCUCCUGCCUGGUGAGUUGCCCAUCAACUGUAGGGUGACCAGGACUAGUGCAUGUGGUAUGGGUUAGGUUUGGGCCCCCCACCAACUCUAGAGUGAGAAUCUCGCUCUCCUUUGCCUGGGUCGAAGCUGCAGAUUCUCUGCAACCACUUCAGAGCUUUUGGUUCUACUCUCUCUAGCCCUCCAGAGGCCAGCAAAUCAGGACUCUGGCCUCUUCUGUUUCCAUAGGAAUCAUGUUGGAUUGUCAGCUCUAUCAAACCCCAUUGCUCUCUCCCAUGCACACAGACACUUCCUAGCAAGACCUGUGGUUAGUCGAACAUCUUUGGCACUUUUUUUAUGCUACCAGGUGACCAUAAAGGCCAUGGCAUUCAUUGUGACAGGCACCCAGUAUUUGAUUUUUUAAAUUAUCCCAUGAAAAUUAAGAUCUGGAGUGUUCUUUCUCCACUACUUUAAUAUGACCCUCCUUGCAGAUUUUCUAUACCUGCUGCACCUCAAGCUGAAGGUUCUCCGGAUCUCCCCUUCUUGGUCGUCACUAGAGACCUCUUUCAGCAGGUUGUAUAUGCCACUGUCUGAGCUGUGGUCCUUCCCAGUCAUUUGGCUUUAUCAGUGCUUAACAUGAACUGAGUUUUCACUUCCGUGGAACACAAGCCACUAUCUUCUGACUUUUUUCCCCCUUUAUUUUAAUAUGCUGUGGGCCAUUGAAUAAGGACUUGGGAAUGACUAGUAUGGUAUCUUCAUAGUCUGGUUCCAGGGAUAUGGGUACUUCUUUCUGAGCAGGGAAAUUUAAGAUUGGCUGUGGUUUCCUUUGAAUAUCAGGUCCUGGGGCUGAGAACAUUAAUAAUAGGCUUCCCUUCUCUUUCCCUGCUACCAGGAAAUAUCCCUUUAUUUAUCAAGUUCCUUAUCCAGCCCCUUCCCUAAGAGCUCACAGUACAGUGUUCGUUUUUUAGAAGCCCCAUUUGCACAGGUUUUCAGUGACUCAGAAUGCUCUACUGCCUUUUCUUUAAGAAAGGAUUGAAAUACACUCCUACUGUGCUCCCUUCCUCUCUUGCAACUCCUGCCUGUGUUUGUGUGGAUCCCUAAUCCCUAGAACCACGCUGAGAUGGACACAUUGUCUGUAUACCCCUGGGUAACUGUCAAGUCAUGAUCCAGACUUCAGGUUGUUCUGUAUAAAAUGCAAAAUAAAUGUUUUUAUUAACAAUG